AUGAAGUACACUGCCUUGCUCGCAGCUGUCGCUGCCCACGCUGCUGCUGUCAGCGUCUCCGGCGCCGCGGAGGGUUUCGCCAAGGGCGUCACUGGUGGUGGCUCUGCUACCGCUGUCUAUCCCACUACCACUGACGAGCUGGUCUCAUACCUUGGUGAUAGCAAGGCUCGCGUCAUUGUUCUGACCAAGACCUUUGACUUCACAGAUACGGAGGGUACUACCACCGGCACUGGCUGUGCUCCUUGGGGGACUGCUUCUGCUUGCCAGCUUGCCAUUAACCAGAACUCUUGGUGCGAUAACUACGAGUCGAGCGCGCCCUCGGUCUCGGUCUCCUACUACAAUGCUGGGAUUCUCGGUAUCACCGUUGCCUCCGACAAGACCAUCCUGGGCGAGGGCUCUGCCGGUGUGAUCAAGGGCAAGGGUCUGCGUAUCGUCAGCGGUGCCAGCAACGUUAUCAUCCAGAACAUCGCCAUCACCGACAUCAACCCCAAGUACGUCUGGGGUGGUGAUGCCAUCACCAUCGACGACAGCGACAUGGUCUGGAUCGACCACGUUACUACUGCGCGCAUUGGUCGCCAGCACAUCGUUCUGGGUACCGAGGCCUCCAAGCGCGUGACCAUCUCCAACUGCUACAUCGACGGUCUGUCCUCCUACUCCGCCACCUGCGACGGCUACCACUACUGGGGCAUCUACCUCGACGGCUCGAACGAUUACGUCACCCUGAAGGGCAACUACAUCUACCACGCCAGCGGCCGUUCCCCCAAGGUCCAGGGCGACACCCUCCUCCACGCCGUCAACAACUACUGGUACGACAACACCGGCCACGCCUUCGAGAUCGGCUCUGGCGGCUACGUCCUGGCCGAGGGCAACGUCUUCCAGAACAUCGACACCGUCGUCGAGUCCCCCAUCGACGGCCAGCUAUUCACCUCCCCAUCCACCAACGCCAACACGGCCUGCUCGAGCUACCUCGGCCGCGUCUGCCAGAUCAACGGCUUUGGCAGCUCCGGCACCUUCAGCCAGUCUGACACCGGCUUCUUCUCCAAAUUCUCCGGCCAGAACAUCGCGACUGCCUCUGCGUACACCUCUGUGGCGUCAAGCGUUAAGGCUAACGCUGGCCAGGGUAAACUGUAA